AUGGAUGAAGUUUGCCGUCUUUGCGCGUUGAACUGCACCACGCUUGAGAAUAUCUUCGCCGAUCGAGAGCAGACGGAUAAUGAGCCACUCCUUAUUGCUAUGCUGGAGUCUUGUACCAACUGUGUUAUCAGGGAAUCGGAUUCGUUGCCACAAAACAUAUGUGGACCUUGCAUAUCGGCUGCUAAGAAUGCAUUUGAAUUCAAACUUAGAUGCGAGCAAAGUCAAAAGUAUUUUAUGGAGCUCCUGAGUGAAUCCGAACGGAAGCCCGGCAUCGGGGAGCUUAUUACAGGCGAUUCGUGCCCUUCAGAAAGAACUCUAGGUGAAGUCUGCAUAAAACCAGAGCCGGAUGACACUGUGAACGAUGAUAACCUGAAGCACAAUGAAGAAGUCGCAACAACAGAUGAAGCAAAUAAAACUGUGGAUGAAGAUUUCUCCGAGGAUGGAAUCUCUGACGAACGUUUAUUCAAAUGUGAGCGUUGCGCAAAGGCUUUUAAAAGAGAUACCAUUUUAAGAUCUCACAUGCUGGUUCAUUCUGUGGAACGGUCAUAUAAAUGUGACCAUUGUCCGAAGGCAUUUAAAAGCAAUGACAAUUUGAAAAGGCACAUGCUUAUUCAUUCACACUAUCGUCCCUACAAGUGCGAGCACUGCUCAAAGGCUUUUAAAGAGGAAAUUAUUUUAAAAGAGCACAUAAAAUCUCACUUUGACGAUCGCCCCUAUAAAUGUGAGAGCUGUUCAAAGUCGUUUAAAACCCGAGUCCUGUUAAAUAGGCACAAAGUUAUUCAUUCUAACGAACGUCCCUACAAAUGCGACCACUGUCCGAAGUCAUUUAAAAGAGAUACUACUUUAAUAGAACACAUAAAGAUUCAUUCUGACGAUCGUCCCUACGAAUGUGAGCACUGCACAAAGGCGUUUAAGACCCUUCAAAUUUUAAAUGCGCAUAAAGUAAUUCAUUCUGUCGAACGACUCUACACAUGCGAGCAUUGCUCGAAUUCUUUUAAAUCUAAAGGUCUACUAAAAAGUCACAUGCUGGUUCAUUCUGACGAUCUCCCUCACAAAUGUGAGCUCUGCCCAAAGGCGUUCAAAACCAAAGUCCAAUUAACAAGGCACAUGCUAGUUCAUUCUGACGAACGCUCCUAUAAAUGUGAGUAUUGCUCUAAGGCGUUUAAAACCAAACUCCUUUUAAACAGACACAUAACGGUGCAUUCUGACGAACGCCCUUACAAAUGCGAGCAGUGCCUAAAGACUUUUAAAACCAACCUCGAAUUAAGAAAGCACAUCAUGAAUCAUUCGGACGAUCGACCUCACAAGUGUGAGCAUUGCUCAAUGGAUUUUAAAAGGCGUUCAAGUUUAAAAAGACACUUGACAACUUUGCACAAACAGGAUGACGUCUAUUGUAGCGCGUAAAUUUCCAAAAGCUGCUUAGAUUAUAGUUUAAUAUAUUUCUAUUGAAAUAAUGAAAGAUAUUUAAUGAUAGCCAAUCCCUUCAACUUAUUGUUAGUCGAGCGUACUCUUCAUGAUAAAUAAACAGAGAAGAUUUUUUAAUUGGCGAUAUC